AUGACUCAUUCUAAUAGUCAAAAUCAAAAAGAAUCGACACAAACGUCAAGCACUAACCUCAAGCUGAAACCGAACCAAUCACAACUCAACAACACAACCAUAAAUAAUUCACAACAAAACAAUCAUAAAUGGAUAAAUCAAUUAAGAACAUUACCAUCAAAUCCCCAAUCAAAAGAUUUUUUAAAACUAGAAUAUCUAGAAGUCAAUUUGAAUAAUUCAAGAAAGCUAAUCAAUAACCUAAACAAUUUAAAGACUGAAACUAAUGAAUACAAAAAUCAAAUUGAAAAAAUUGUUGAUUUGAAUGGGAAUUUAAUCCAGUUAAAUCAAGUCAGGAAUGAGUUGAGUUGGUUGGACUAG